GUUGCAUCCGAGCAAUCGCUGUCAUUCGCAGACGGAGUUUACAGCCUUUGCGCCGCUUUUUCUUUCGAUCUUUUUCUGCUGCACCCCUUCCCUCUCCCGGUGCUGCCCAGCCAGUCGACCAUGGUUUCUAUAAUUUCAGACCUGGACCCUCUCAAAAGCUGGAACGUGUUAAGGCAGGACGCCAGUGACCUCUCCGGACCGAUACAAAGUAACGGCACGGCUGGGAAGAUGAACGGGGCCUUGGAGCAUUCGGACCAGCCAGAUCCGGAUGCCAUCAAGAUGUUUGUGGGCCAGAUCCCGCGCUCCUGGUCAGAGAAGGAGCUGAAGGAGCUGUUUGAGCCGUACGGAGCCGUCUACCAGAUCAACAUCCUCCGAGACCGCAGCCAGAACCCUCCACAGAGCAAAGGCUGCUGUUUUGUCACGUUUUACACAAGGAAAGCUGCCCUUGAAGCCCAGAAUGCACUGCAUAACAUAAAGACCUUAACAGGGAUGCACCACCCUAUUCAGAUGAAACCUGCAGACAGUGAGAAAUCUAAUGCUGUUGAAGACAGGAAGUUGUUCAUCGGCAUGGUGUCAAAGAAGUGCAACGAGAACGACAUCCGGGUCAUGUUCUCCGCGUUCGGACAGAUCGAGGAGUGCCGGAUCCUCCGAGGGCCCGACGGACUCAGCAGAGGAUGUGCGUUUGUCACGUUUUCCACCAGAGCUAUGGCACAGAAUGCAAUCAAAGCCAUGCACCAGUCUCAGACUAUGGAGGGCUGCUCGUCUCCCAUCGUGGUGAAGUUCGCCGACACGCAGAAGGACAAGGAGCAGCGGCGUCUGCAGCAGCAGCUGGCGCAGCAGAUGCAGCAGCUCAACAGUGCGACCACCUGGGGGAGCCUGACGGGCCUGGGCGGCCUCACUCCGCAGUAUCUGGCUUUGCUUCAGCAGGCAACCUCCUCCAGUAACCUAGGAGCCUUCAGCGGGAUCCAGCAGAUGGCCGGUAUGAGUGCUCUGCAGUUGCAGAACCUGGCCACUUUAGCGGCGGCAGCGGCGGCGGCCCAAAACUCAGCCAGCCCCUCCACCGCAAACCCCCUGUCCUCCAACGCCGCCUCCCUGGGAGCGUUGGCCAGUCCAGCAGCGGGCACCACAGCCAGUUCCAACGCCAGUGCCAUGAACUCUCUGACCUCUUUGGGCACCCUGCAGGGCCUGGCAGGCGCGACUGUGGGCCUGAACAACAUUAAUGCACUAGCAGGUAGCGUCAACAGUAUGGCGGCUCUAAACGGAGGCCUGGGCGGCGCAGGGCUUACCAACGGGACGGCGGGCACCAUGGACGCGCUGACGCAGGCUUACUCAGGGAUCCAGCAGUACGCCGCCGCAGCGCUGCCCACCCUCUACAGCCAGUCCCUGCUGCAGCAGCAGGGGGCCGCCGGCAGCCAGAAAGAGGGUCCCGAAGGUGCCAACCUCUUCAUCUACCACCUGCCCCAGGAGUUCGGAGACCAGGACAUACUGCAGAUGUUCAUGCCUUUCGGAAACGUGGUCUCUGCCAAAGUCUUCAUCGACAAACAGACAAACCUUAGCAAGUGCUUCGGCUUCGUCAGCUACGACAAUCCAGUGUCGGCACAGGCAGCCAUCCAGGCCAUGAACGGCUUCCAGAUCGGCAUGAAGCGGCUGAAGGUGCAGCUGAAGCGCUCCAAGAACGACAGCAAACCAUACUGAUCUUAGCACUAGGGUCAAUCUGCUCCCCAUGUUAGCACUGCUAGGAACAACCCAUCUCCAUGCCUGUUAUAGCUCAUCGUUUGCCUAGCAUGUCUCCGUGGCGUCCAAAAAAAAAAAAAAAAACUUUAAACAAAAAAAAACAA